CGCCGCACAGUCAACACAUCCGCACUUUCAAAAGCAACUCGAACCCUCUUCCGAACCGAUCUCUGAAUCUCCGCCGCCGCCUAAAGAUGCACGGAUACCGAACCUACAACAUGGAGAGCCACCAUGCACACCACGACAGCAGCCCUGUGGACCAGAAGCCCCUCGUGGUGGACCUUCUGGCCACCCAGUACGGAAAGCCGCAAACUCCUCCGCCUUCCCCAAAUGAAUGCCUGUCGAGUCCAGACAACUCCCUCAAUGGCAGCCGCGGCUCGGAGAUCCCAGCCGAUCCCUCCGUCCGCCGGUACCGCACCGCCUUCACCCGCGACCAGCUGGCCCGUCUCGAGAAGGAGUUCUACAAGGAGAACUACGUCUCCCGGCCCCGACGCUGCGAACUGGCCGCCCAGCUGAACCUCCCAGAGAGCACCAUCAAGGUCUGGUUCCAGAACCGCCGCAUGAAGGACAAGCGCCAGAGAAUCGCCGUCGCCUGGCCCUACGCCGCCGUCUACUCGGAUCCCGCUUUCGCCGCUUCCAUCCUGCAAGCGGCCGCCAAUAGCGUGGGAAUGCCCUACCCCCCAUAUGCUCCGGCUGCUGCUGCUGCCGCCGCCGCCGCCGCUGCUGCCGCCACCAACCCGAUGCUGCCCAUGUCGAUGCCGGCCAUGCCCGCCAUGCCUGCGAUGCCCCCGAUGCCCGGACACCAUGCCGCCGGCCAUGCGCCCUCGCCCUACGGCCAGUACCGCUAUGCCCCGUACCACAUUCCGACUGCCCAGCGCCCAGUGCCCGCUCAUCCCGCCGCUGGCCCUCAUAUGCAUCCGCACAUGAUGGGAACCAGUGCCGCCGCCGCCGCUGCCGUCGCCAGUUCCUCGUCCUACUCCGGCGGCUUGCUGGGAGCCGGUCUGCCGUCGGCCUCCAUCUACUCCGGACUGAGUGUGCCCAAGACCCAGACCCCGCCUUUGGAUCUGCAGUCGUCCUCCUCCCCCCACUCCUCGACGCUGUCCCUGUCGCCCGUCGGCUCGGAUCACGCCAAGAUGUUUGAGCGCAGCCCCGCUCCAGCUCCAGCUUCCUCCGCUCCUGCUCCCGUUCUCCUGACCACCACCAGCCCGCUGCCCGCUCCCGGUCUGCUGAUGCCCAGCUCCAAGCGCCCCGCCUCCGACAUGUCGCCCCCAUCGCCAACGACCACGGUGAUUGCGGAGCCCAAGCCGAAGCUCUUCAAGCCCUACAAGACUGAGGCGUAAGAACCUGCCUCCUGUUCCAGUUCCAGUUCCUGCCCCUGCCACUCCUCAAAGAUUGUACAAACUAGGCUUAGACGAAUCAUCCU